AUGAGAUUGACAGUUCUCGCUACUUUGGCCACUGUGGCCAGCGCCCGUCCCUUCCUUCCCGAUCUCACGUCGGCUGACUGGGCCCAGAUCCAGUCGGGCUUCAGCGUCGAGAACCUCGGAAGCCUCGCCAGCGGUAUUGCUUCCGGCAUCGUCGACAAGAUCAACGGCGCCCAGAAAGCCGUUGAGGAAUACAGCGGCGACGACACUCAGAAGACGAUCUGGCAGCAGAUCAAUGACGACUCGGACAACUACUCGAAGCUCAUCAAGGUUCUGAACUUCGAGGAAGACCACAAGAAGGUCAUCGACAAGCGCCAAGAUGGCUACCGCAUCACCUUCUUCGCUCCCAACAACGACGCUCUCAAGUGCCCCCACCACAAGGAUGACGACCUCGAGGCUGCGUUCAUCAACGAGCAGGACAUUGGUCUCGCUCAGGUCUCCGCCGCCAUCGACUCGCUUGAGACCAUGGGCGGUGAUGACAAGGACAAGAAGCGUAAAAAGGAGAUCUUCAAGAAGAUUGCCCACUACGUCCUGCAGUACCACGUCCUUGCCCAGGACUUUGAUGAGCAGGCCCUCGCUCAGAACUCGACGAUUGCGACGACGCUGAGGGGCCCUGCCGGUGGUUCGGCUGGACACAAGCUUCGCUUGCACAUUGAGAAGCACUUGGUGCCUCCUUCGCUCAAGCUCAACUUCCACUCCACGAUCAAGUCCACGCACAAUGCCCAGAACGGUGUCUGGCACGAGAUCGACCACCCCCUCUACCCUCCCGUCUCGAUCUUUGCUGAGGCUCUCAUGAUCACCGAGUACCUGUCGACCACUGCCGCCGGUAUCCAGGCCGCGCACGGUCGCCACUUCAUCGAGUGGGAGUACGACCACGAGAAGUCGCGCAAGAACCGUCCCGUCUUCGCUGGCACCCCUGCCGCGACCUUUGUUGCCCCCAGCAACAAGGCUUGGGACGCCGUCCCCGAGGGUCUGCGUCGCUUCCUGUUUUCGCCCAUGGGCCGUCGCGCGCUCGCCAAGACGUUCGCGUACCACUACCUUCCCCGCCAGAUCCUCUUCUCCGAGACUUACCACAAGGCAAAGGACAUCUGGUCCGAGGACGAGGAUGAGGGUGUCUGGGAGGUCGACAGCUUCGGCGAUGACCCCUCGUUCAAGCGCACGAUCGAUGCGCCGACCGGACUGAAGGGCCACAAGAUCAAGUUCGAGAUUGAGAAGAAGAAGCUGCUCCCCGUCGAGGGCGCGGUCAAGGUCUCCAUCAAGGUCGAGGGCAAGGACCUGCAGGUCAUCGACGUCCCCGCCUCGAAUGGCGCUUGGCACAUCAUCGACGAGGUGCUCUGCCCGCCCCACGAUGGCAAGCACAAGCACCUCGCCCCCCGCACCUGGGACAACUGGGAGGAGUGA